AUGGCGUCGCCGGCACCAGCGAAAUUACAACUUCUACACAACUUCUCGUUGACACAUCUGACAUGGAACAACAAUCGCAGCGGUCGCAGCAAACUCGCCGGAGAAGUCUCCUCUACAUCACCACCUCCGUCCACUCCAUGGCGUGAAUCACCGCCGUUGAAGUCGCAUACUCAUGCUCCUUCUCAUAGGCGUCAAACAUCACCGUCAAGUGUUUCACAGCGGCCAUCGCCUCUUCACAAGCAAUCGCCGAUGCGUGAUUUAGAGUUCGAGGCUAAUCUAAACUACGAUGCUUCACAGUUUAUGGAAAAACGGAUAAACGAAUAA